GUCGAGUGUAAUAAACUUCCGUCCUCUCGCCCCUUUCAACCUUUCACCCAGCCUUUGGUUAGAUUGCCGAACUUGCCCUCGAACAACCGCUUGUUCCAUCUGCAUUCCGUCUCCUGGGUCUAACCAUUGCGCCUUUCCUGUCAUUCUCAGAACCGCGAGUUUUGACGACUAUAGCGCCAACAUGGACUACGACCCGAUGGUGAUGGACGACGCCGAGGCCUUAGGCCCGGUUGUCAAGAUCUCGCAAGCGGACUCGGUCCGCGUCAAGUUCGAGCUCCAAAAUGCCGAUCUCUCUUUCGCAAACUCUCUCCGCCGCGUCAUGCUCGCUGAGAUCCCGACGAUAGCCAUCGACUUGGUCGAAAUCGAGGAGAAUAGCUCUGUUCUAGCCGAUGAGUUUAUUUCCCAUCGCUUGGGCCUCAUCCCUCUCAAUGCCGAGGGCGUCGAUAACCUCUUGUACGCACGCGACUGCGACUGCGACGGCUGCUGCGAACACUGCAGCGUUCGACUCACCCUCCACGCAAAGUGUACUGGCGAAGAGAAUAUGCAUGUGUUUGCUCGCGACUUGGUGCCUACCGGAGACCGCAUAAACCAGGUUCUCGGCACCCCGAUAGUCAACGAUGCCGAAGGGCUCGGCCCGCUCAUCCUCAAACUCCGCCCAGGCCAGGAGAUCAAGCUCGAAUGUAUAGCAAAGAAGGGUAUCGCCAAGGAGCAUGCGAAGUGGGCUCCUUCGGCUGCCAUUGGGUUUGAAUACGACCCGCACAACAAGCUUCGACACACCGAUUACUGGUACGAGUCGGAUCCGAAAGCAGAAUGGCCCCCAAGCGAAUACGCCGCGUGGGAGGAACCCCCUCAAGAAGGCGAGCCGUUUGAUUACGAUGCUGUGCCCAACCGUUUCUACUUCAACGUCGAAACCGCCGGUGCCCUCCCGCCCGACGUCAUCGUUAGCGAAGGCAUCAAAGUUCUCCAACAAAAGCUGGCCGGUCUGAUCCACGAACUCGCCGAGGACGGCGGAGACGGCACGAAUGGCGAUUACAACGGGCCGCGCAGCCCAGAAUACGGGACAGGAGCGGACGGGUUUGGUGGGUACACAACGCCCUUUGGGAACGCCGGUAACCAGAGCUCCUGGGGCGGGGCUGGCGGGACAACGCCCUACGGGACAACUCCCUACGGCGCCGGCCAGAGCAGUUGGUCAUAGGCGGGCCGAUGGAUUUCGCAGCCGGCGGACCAUCCUGCAAAGCUGCUGGCUGCGCGAACGAAGCAUCUUCGACGGUCCCCGAUGGGUUCAUCCCGGCUGCGACCUGCAGUGCUUCGGUUCUUAGGAGCCCUAAGCAUUUACGUGCGGUCACGUCGCACAUGGCGGGUCAACCUUUCUCA